AUGGCAUCACCUAACAAGACUCCCCGAAUCGUGGAGUUGGCCGCCAAGAUCAACGCUUCUGUCGCAGAACUGCAAGAGCUUCUAUCAGCCCAAGGAGUGCCGUCUCCAUCGUUUGACGAGGACAGCCCAGAACGUCUUCCCCCUAGCACGUUCCAUCUUCAAGAUGCUGUGCUUGACGCGACUGCCGAAUUGCAUGAAUUACUUAUGGAUCCUAUCCCGAUGACCUUCAAAUUCAGUGCCACCACCAACAUGAUCAGCAUUGACGCGAUGUGCCGAUUCCACAUCGCCGAUAUCGUCCCUCCUCGGGGCCAAGUUUCCUUCGGUGAAAUUGCAGAGAAAACGAAGCUGGACGAACCCCUUGUCAGACGCCUGGUUCGGCACGCGAUGUCCAUGCGUAUCUUCAGAGAACCCAAGCCUGGCAUGGUCGCUCAUACGAAGAUCUCCAAGUAUUUCACCCUUCCAUACGUGAAUGAUUGGCUUAGCUUUGGUGCGUGGGAUGGUUGGCCAGCUGCUACCAAGAUGCUAGAUGCGAUCCAGAAAUGGCCAGGAUCGGAAGAAGCUAACAAUACCGGCUUCUCUCUUGCCAACAAUACCGACAAGUCAAUCUUCGAUGUACUCCAUGAGGACCACGCGUGCGCCAUGCGCCUUGCAUCUGCAGUAAAAGCCCACGAUCAUUUCCCAGGUUACGCCGCUGCGGACGUCCCCAAUCUUUACGAUUGGGCCUCCCUAGGCAACGCGCUCAUCGUCCACGUUGGUGGAUCCAGAGGCGAGGUCGCCGCGGAACUGGCGAAGAGCUUUCAGGGGGUCAAGCUACUAGUGCAGGACAUGGAGAUGGUUAUUCAGGGCGCGAAGGAUAGUAUUCCCGAUGAAUUGAAAGGCCGUAUCGACUUCAAGGCAAACGGACUUUUCGAAACGCAGACUGUGGAAGCCGAUGCUUACCUCUUCCGCCUGGUUUUCCAGAUUUGGCCUGACAAAAACGCUCUCCGAAUCCUGAAAGCCCAAAUCCCAGCACUCCGACCUGGGGCAAAGAUCCUUAUACAGGAUACGGUGGCGCCCGAGCCGGGUGAGAUUCCGUUGUGGAGAGAGCGUGAAUUGAGGGCCAUGGACCUAAAUACCGGAGCCUCUUUCAAUGGUCGUCAUAGAUACGUGCAUGAGUGGAAAGCUCUACUUGCAGAGGCCGAUGAAAGAUUCGUUCUCCAGGGGGUGAGCGCGCCUGGGAGAUCUUUGCUGUCGACGUUGGAAAUAGUUUGGGACCCGUCUAGCCCCGCGAAGGCUUGA